AUGCCCUCAUGCCCUCAUCCCCUCAUGCCCUCAUGCCCUCAUCCCCUCAUGCCCUCAUGCCCUCAUGCCCUCAUGCCCUCAUGCCCUCAUAACCUCAUGCAUUCAUGCCCUCACGCCCUCAUGCCCUCAUGCCUGAUGCCCUCAUGCAUUUAUGCUCUCAUGCCCUCAUGCCCUCAUGCCCUCACACCCUCAUGCCCUCAUGCCCCCAUGCCCUCAUGCCCUCAUGCCCUCACGCCCUCAUGCCCUCACGCCCUCAUGCCCUCUAGCCCUCAUGCCCUCAUGCCAUCACGCCCUCAUGCCCUCAUGCCCUCAUGCCCUUAUGCCCUCAUGCCCUCAUGCCCUCAUGCCCUCAUGCCCUCAUGCACUCAUGCCCUCAUGCCCUCACGCCCUCAUGCCCUCAUGCCCUUAUGCCCUCAUGCCCUCACGCCCUCAUGCCCUCAUGCCCUCAUGCCCUCAUGCCCUCACGCCCUCAUGCCCUCAUGCCCUCAUGCCGUCACGCCCUCAUGCCCUCAUGCCCUCAUGCCCUCAUGUCCUCAUGCUCUCAUGCCCUCCUGCCCUCAUGUACUAAUGCACUCAUGCACUCAUGCCCUCAUGACCUAA